GCCGUGGUUCAGUCCCCGCUCCCGCGUCACGUGCCCUGGGGGCAGACCGGCGGCCCCAUGGCGGAUGCGAGGCUGGAGGAGGCGGCUACGGCCGCACUGCAGCGGGCAGUGGAGCUGGACGCGGGGUCGCGGUUCCCGGAGGCGCUCGUGUGUUACCAGGAGGGCAUCGACCUGCUGAUGCAAGUCAGGAAAGCAACAAAGGAUGAAACAAAAAAAACUCAUUACAGACAAAAAAUAAUCGAGUACAUGACUAGAGCUGAACAGAUUAAGAAGCAUAAUAAAAAAGAGAAAGAAGAUGGUAAAUACCACAAGCAAAUUAAAAUUGAAGAGAAUGCAACGGGUUUUAGCUACGAAAAACUAUUUCAAGAGUACCUUAAUGAGACAGUUACAGAAGUUUGGGUAGAGGAUCCUUAUAUUAGGCAUGUUCAUCAGUUGUACAACUUCUUAAGAUUCUGUGAGAUGCUUGUUAAAGGGCCCUGCAAAGUGAAAACAAUCCAUCUCCUCACUUCUUGUGGUGAAGGCAGUGAAAACAGUCAGCAAACACGUGCCCUAGAAGAGAUACAACAAUCAGUAAAGAACUGUGGAAUAAAACUGGAUGUCUCCUUUUCAACUUCAAUUCAUGACCGAGAAAUUAGGUUCAACAAUGGAUGGAUGGUCAAGAUUGGAAGGGGACUUGAUUAUUUUAAGAAACCUCAAGGUCGGUUUAGCAUCGGAUACUGUGACUUUGAUUUGAGGCCAUGUCAUGAAACCACAGUGGAUAUCUUUCAUACUAAACAUACAAAGAAAAUAUGACCAAAUAUUUUUCUUCCCAUUACUGUGUUUAAAAGCUUAAUACUGCUGUUCCAAUCUAUUUUACUUAACUGCAUGUAGUGUAUAUAUUUCUAUGGAAUAAAUUUCUAUUUUUUUACAUUUUCA